AUGGGUUGGUAUGUUGCCUCUUUGUGGUUGCUGCCUUCUACUGGCCUGGUUCCUGUUGAUCUGUCUAUGUGCUGUGCUGGGGGUGUGUCUGUCUGUGCCCAGCUGGUUUUGCUUCUGCUGCCUGCUGUUUUGCUGCCCCUGUUCUUUGAUGCUGCCUGUCCUGGACUGGAGCUCCUUUGCUCUUCUGGGUUCCAGCUUUAUUGCAGCUGGUCUCUUAGACUGCAGGCUCAUGGUAUUAGACCCAAAGCGGCAGAGGGCAUUAUGGGCACGGAGUUUUUGCAGGCUAUAAAGGUUGAGGUAAGGUAUGAGUUGAAACCGAAGGUGAUUUGGAUUAACUGGUCUCCUCCUCCCCCUGCUGGGAUCCUCAUUGCUUGGCCUACCUCAGAUGGGACCCUGUGGCCUUGCUGGGCAUUAUGGAUUCAUGUGGGGUUCUUGGUCUCUUAUUAUUGCAGUUGUGGGGAGUAUCCGGUUUUUCAUUUGCUACUAUGGGCAGGAGUGCACACUGUUCACGUGAACAGCCUGCUUUCAGCUGGCCUUUGUUUUCAGCUGGUUUUCAGCUGCUCUCUGAGGUUUGUUUUAAGAGUUUCUCCAUUGAAUGCAGUUGGUUCUGGGUUGAAGGGCACUGCUCACGUGACUGCUCAUGGGACUGCUCCCGUGAACAGUGUUAAUGCCAGAAGUCGAAUUGGAAAUUGCAAUAGGCUUUCCAAACCUGGCAUUGGGUGUCCAUGUGGAGGAGAGUUUGCGGCUGAUGACUGCUGGCUUGACGGGUACCAUGAAGACAGUGCACCCCGUCCUUCAUAUUGA